AUGUCCGUUUCUUGGGAUAGCGCUUCAAAUCCUGCUACAAAACCGUCUCAAAGUUCAGACAAUGUCAUGUACCCUAACAAACCUGAAUGGGAGACUGCUCGAAAAGCCCUGGAAGCUGUCAGUGGUUCCAAGCCCAAAGGUGAUGUUGAUUUGCGAAAAGAAGUGCCAAGUCCCACCAAAGCUGCCAUUUUGUCAGCGAGGCAGGGAAUUGAAGCUGCAGCAAUGCCACUUGGAGGCUUACCGCCUCCAGGUAUGACACCAAUGCCUGGGCCUCAUCAAAUGACAGACAACUCUGUUAAUCAACCUAUGCCUCCAUAUUCAAAUAUGAACCCUCAAGAGCAGUCACCUAAUAGUUACAAUUCAAAUAACAACUAUUAUUACAAUAACAACAGCUGCAACAUGUAUCCACCAUAUAAUUACGGGCAGUAUUACAAUGUGCCACAACAGUAUGGGAAUGUCCAAUAUGACCACUAUCAGCAAAAUGGUUCAAUGUAUAACCAUCCUCCACCAGGAUAUCCGCCACAACAUCCUGAUAGUGGCCUACCAAAUUCAGCUCCUCCACCUCCUCAUAUGGGGCUUCACUCUGGGCAGCAGCCAUUGCCUCCAGGAACAGGGGAUGCGAUUGAUCAGCAGAGACAUCCACCACCACCACCGCCACCUCCUCACAUGCAGCAACCACACAUGCAGCCUCCACAUCAUCAGCAACAUGAUGCUCAUUAUCAGCAGCAACAACCCCAUCACCCACAACAGCAGCAGCAGCAACAGCAUUAUCAAUCAGACCAACAGCAACAACCCCCUCCACCCCAGCAACAGCAACAUCCCCAGCAAUCACCACCCAAUCAUCAAUUCCAACAUUCUGAUUCUCCUUAUCAACAUAAUAUGCCUCGGUUCCAAAUGGCCAAAUCAAAACAGAAUCCUAAUGCUCUGGGAAUUAGAUUCCAAAUUCCCAAGCGGCAUAAUGUCCAGAACACUAAUGCAAUCUCUGGAUACCAAGCUAAACGUUUCCCCCAGCAACAGCAGCAGCAGCAACAACAACAGCAGCAGCAGCAGCAGCAGAAGAUGAGGUCACCUCACAGUGGGAAGCAACAACAAUCCAACUAUCAAGCUAGUCCUGAUAAUGGCAGGGCAAACAGCAACAGCCCUGCACCAGAAUCCAAGCCUUCUGGUCCUGAGAAAGGAGAAUGGCCAGCUUCAUUAAAAGACUAUGUACAAAGAGCUUUUGCCAGUGUCAGUGAAGAAUGUCAAAAAGAUGAGAUGGAAAGAUGUUUAAGAGUGAAACUAAAGGAAAUCUUUGAUGACCACACAGCUUGGAGCAAAGAUUGGUCAAAAGAGCCUUUGCCUGAUAUAAGUGGGCAGGAUAACAAACGCAAGAGAAGCCGCUGGGAAAGAGAUGAAAGUGAAGUGAGUAGCAACCGUUCUUCUGUUCGCUGUCCUUACAAUGGAGACCGGGUACCCACUUAUAGAACAUCUCGCUCGCGUUCUCGUAGCAGGUCGAGGAGUCAUUCAAGGUCUCCUCCAGCUGUGGUAGUUUCUAUGAGAGACAAGUAUCCUCGUACUGUAGCACGAAGGCAUAGAAGGCAUAGCAGUGAUAGUUCCAGUUAUUCUGAUGAUAGUUCUUCAUCAGAGAAAUAUUCAAAGCAGACUUUCAGUAGCAAGAAUCAUGGCCGAGGUCGUGGAAGAGGAGGAGGAGCACGUGGUCGUAAUCCCCGAGGCCGAUUAAGGCUUGAUGAACCACUGGGGAAUAAAAAAGGGAAGAAAGAUAGAGAUUUGCUAUUUGAAUAUGAUGCUCCAGAUAAAGAAGAGAAAAUGCAACGAAGAGCCGCAAGAUUUGUUGAGCAUUUAAAUAAUUCCUCUGAUUCUAAACGUUAUCGACAGACUCUAACGUUAACUAUUAAUAACUUCACAACAACUGGAAGUGAUGAUGACCUUGACAUGGACGGAUGCGUAAUUGUUGGAGAGUGUCAAGACCUGGAAAAACAAUAUUUCCGUUUGACUUCAGCACCUGAUCCAGCUACAAUUCGUCCUACUGAGGUAUUGAAGAAGUCGCUCAUCAUGGUACAGGAUCACUGGCGAGCCAAUGCAGACUACAAUUAUGCAUGUGAGCAGCUCAAAUCAAUUCGACAAGAUUUAACACUGCAAGGAAUUCGAGAUCCAUUUACUGUGAGAGUAUAUGAAACGCAUGCAAGAAUUGCCAUGGAGAAAGGUGAUCACGAAGAAUUCAACCAAUGCCAAACACAACUCAAACUGCUCUACCAUGAGGGUCAUUUAGGGAAUGUGGCAGAAUUCACAGCCUACAGGAUUCUUUAUUACAUAUUCACUUCUAAUACUUUAGAUUUAACUACUGCUCUUUCCUCUUUAAAACCUUUACACAGAAAAGAUGAAUGUGUUUAUCAUGCAUUAGAAGUGAGAUCUGCUUGGGCACUCAAUAAUUACCAUAGAUUUUUUAAGCUCUACCGUUGUGCACCAAAAAUGUCCGGCUAUCUUAUGGAUUGGUUUGUGGAAAGAGUCAGAAAAUCUGCAUUAAAAACCAUUGUCAAAUCGUAUCGUCCCAUGCUGCAGAUAGAUUACAUCCAGAAUGAGUUGUCGUUUUCUAACCGAGACGACUGUAUGCAGUUCCUAGUGGACAAGGGCGUGGUGCUAAGCGAAGACAACACAAAGGUGGAUUGCAAGCAGAGCAUGGCAGCAGUGCAGGCGUUGUAG